AUGGGGCGCCUGAACCGAUCCCUGGAGAAGGAGAUGGCCAGCUGCCUGGCAGCUGCCCUGGAGCCCGCCGUCGACCUGUCCAAGCUCCCCAAGAGCGUGGUGGACGUGUACAUAUUGAUCCUGGAGGCCGGGGGCGCGGAGGCCGCCGUCGCGGCGACGGCCGCGUCGCUGGCGCUGGCUGAUGCGGGGAUCGAGAUGCUGGAUCUCGUGGCGGCGUGCUCGGUGGUGCGCCGCGUCCGCGUGGGACUGGGGCCGCGCGCUCCCGGCUGCCGCCGCCGCUGCUGCUGGACUGCCGCGGGCGGCGACCGCGUGCUCUCCCUGCUGUCCGGCCAGCUGCUGCUGGACCCCACACACCUGGAGGCGGGGCAGCAGCAGGGCGGCCUGCUCCUCGCCACCAUGCCGGCGCUGAGCGAGGUCGUGCCCACGGGAGAGGAGAUCAAACUCCAGCGGAACGCGCUGCAAGUCCUGGAGCUUGGGCCCGAGGAGUCACAGGAGUCAUCGGACGAGGACGAGCCGCUUGUGCGCGAGGCCGUGCCGACUCAGCCGGAGGUCCUGCACAAGCCCAGGAUCCGCCGGCUCCCGCGCCAGCUGUCCCCUGUCCCUGACAUCUUCAAGCCCUCCAGGCCUGCCUCCAGCAGCCCCAGCGGCAGCGGGCGCAGCGGCCACUCCUCCAGGGCCGUGGCCCCCUCGAUCCCAGAGGUGCACCCCCGCUCGGCCCGCAGGGGCGACGCGUGCCGGCCAGCCAGCGCCGGCGCCCGCGACGCCGACCGCCUGUGCGCUCGCGAGGUCGCUGCUGCGAAGCUGGACCCACCUCUCAUCACACGCCUCUCUUUCUCGCUCUGA